UUUUUUUUAAGCUGCAUGGUCCGUUUAAGAAGUAAUGAUGUUGGUGGUGUAUUUGUCAGUGCUGCUGAUGCCGUCUGCCAUAGUGGGCACUGAGAGUGGUCGAGGCCCGUUUAAAACGGACGUUUGGAAUAAAGAGGAUCAACCAUUAUGGGAACAACUGUCCACACUGCAGAAGGAGAUGAACAGCCUGAGUCGUGAACAAGUCAUAUUAAAACAGAAACAGAAGGCCAUAGAUCGAAUGCUGAUUAUUGAUGAGAAUGUCACCUCGCUGACAGAAAGUGGCCGCCAUCAGCUAUUAUCUCCGCCGCACCUUUGGCUGAAUGGAAAGGAUAAAGAUGAUGAAGGUCACGACCUCCCCAAAUAUGACCCUUGCUACCACUCCACGCCAUUGGACCAGGCCUGGAGGACCACCAACUACACCACCAAGGACGUUAAGUGUGAUCGCCAGGUGGAGUGGCAGGGCUGGUAUCGCCUCUACUACCGGGGAAAGAGCAUCCAGAUGCCGGAGAGGUGCAUCCGGAAGAAACAUUGUGGUACCCAUGCGCCGCUCUGGCUCACCAAACCGCACCCAAAUAUAAGCGAGGGCAUCGUCACUCGAAAUGUGUGCGGGAACUGGAGGAAAAAUUGCUGUUAUUUCAAAUCAACACCUAUCCAGGUCAAAGCCUGCCCCGGUAACUAUUACGUCUACAAACUUGUAAAACCGACAAAGUGUCACCUGGCUUACUGCGCAGAUGUUAACACCCUUGUGUGUGGAGGAUGCGACCGUCAGCAAAACUGCAUGAGCAGAGACAGAGUUAAUUACAGUUGCGCGCCCAAGAAGAGGAAAAUCAUAGAGCAAGUCAUUCACUUCUUCGCCUCGCACCCUGGAAAUCUCACGGGCAAGGUGGCCCAAAUCAAAUUCAGCAGAGUUCUUGUUAAUGAGGGUGCGGGCUUCAACGAUCAAACUGGUGUGUUUCAUCCCCCUGUCUCUGGCAUCUACCAGUUUUAUUUCUCCAGUCAGUAUAGGGGAGGCGACAGCAAUGUAACCAACCUGGAGCUUGUCAUCAAUGGCACAACGGUCGCUGUCUCACGUUCAGAUGUCAAAACCCCUGCUUCCAUCGGAGCUCUUAGUACAUUCAUGACAACUCUCUGCAAAAAUUCCAAUGUUUCUGUGACCCAAGUCACCGGUCAGUCCUGGGCAAACUCUGUAUCUAAUACCAUUACAUUUGGUGGUUCUUUGCUGAUGCAGUACAAUGAAAAAGAAGUGAAAUUACUUGGCUGUCUUACAUAAACCAAUUUUCCCACAUUCAGUUGAACACGUGAUCACUGGUAAUAUUUAGCCUAAUACAGAAAAUGAAGUGAAGGUGGACACAACGUGCGAGUGCAUCUAGAAAAGCCCAGCACGCAAGCUUUUGUUGUCCAGUGCAAGGCUAUUU